GGAAGUCCCGGGGGUUGGGCCUCUGGGAGGCAGAGAAGCCGGUGACGGCCGCCGCAGCCGCUGCCGCCGCCUCCGGUUUGCUGUGGCCUCCUCGGGCUCCUCUUAGGCCAUGAUGAUCCACGGCUUCCAGAGCAGCCACCAGGAUUUCUCCUUCGGCCCCUGGAAACUGACGGCGGCCAAGACUCACAUCAUGAAGUCAGCGGAUGUGGAGAAAUUAGCCGAUGAAUUACAUAUGCCAUCUCUCCCUGAAAUGAUGUUUGGAGACAACGUUUUAAGAAUCCAGCACGGCUCUGGCUUUGGGAUUGAGUUCAAUGCUACAGAUGCAUUAAGAUGUGUAAACAAUUACCAAGGGAUGCUUAAAGUAGCCUGUGCAGAAGAGUGGCAGGAAAGCAGGACUGAGGGUGAACACUCCAAAGAGGUUGUUAAACCAUAUGAUUGGACCUAUACAACAGAUUACAAAGGAACAUUACUUGGAGAAUCUCUUAAGUUAAAGGUUGUACCUACAACAGAUCAUAUUGAUACAGAGAAAUUGAAAGCCAGAGAACAGAUUAAAUUUUUUGAAGAAGUUCUUCUAUUUGAGGAUGAACUGCAUGAUCAUGGAGUUUCAAGCCUGAGUGUGAAAAUUAGAGUAAUGCCUUCUAGCUUUUUUCUACUAUUGCGGUUUUUCUUGCGAAUUGAUGGGGUGCUUAUCAGAAUGAAUGACACGAGGCUUUACCAUGAGGCUGACAAGACCUACAUGCUACGAGAAUAUACAUCACGAGAAAGCAAAAUUGCUAAUUUAAUGCAUCUUCCACCUGCCCUCUUCACGGAACCUAAUGAAAUAUCACAGUAUUUACCAAUAAAGGAGGCAGUUUGUGAGAAGCUAAUAUUUCCAGAAAGAGUUGACCUUAAUCCUUCAGACUCACAAGAAAGUACACCCGUGGAAUAGGAUGUGAUAUGACAUGUUUUCACUGUGGAAUCUGACUGGACAUGUUGGCUAUUGUAGGAGGCAUUUUUGUUAUGAGCAUUAAUUACCUUGCUUAUGUACAGACUUUCUGUAGCCUUAAAGGAAAUGAAAAUAAAAGGUUGUAGGCAGGUUCUAUACAACUGCUGUUUGUACUGUCUAUCUUCAAAUUCAUAAUCCAGAUUUGUAUGUUGUAGAGUUAAAUUUGGAUUCCUAAAUUAUCACAAGGUAUGACCUCAGCAGUAGUGAUGUGUACAUGUCUCAUGAGCUAUGGACCUAAUAUGCAUCCAUUAUGAAACACUGUCUUCAACUGUAAAGAGGCUAAUUUAAAUAAGUUGCAAUACCUUGUGACUUUCAUAGGAUUCCUGACUGUGCAUGUUGAUUUACUGGCUCUUCAUUUUGGGCUUUCUGAUAUUCACACUUGUGGAGAGUUGUGACUUGUUAGGAAAUUAAUCUUACGGUUGGUUUAAUGAUCUUUACUCAGAAAAACUUAAAAAUGUAUUAUACCUAAUUUUAAGUUUAACCGUGAAAUUUAAAGCAAGUUUGAGAAAUAGAACUAAGAAACCCAAGUGUUUUGGGAAAGUUAGGCCUGGAAAGUUGGACAGAAUUUCCUAGGGUAUCAGAGCUGUCUUUCCUCCCUCUUUUCAGUAUGAGGCCUUGAUAAUACAGUAUAAAAAGAAAAUUUCAAAUAAUCUGGUUAUUUUGAUGAUGACCAUUUAAAAUUUUUAUAUUUUCUACCUUUCUAGAUGGGCUUCAUAAAGUGGAAAAUAUAUAAGCAUCAAUCAAGUAAAGAAGUAAAUUCUUAAGUAACUUUUUUUAAAGAACAAGGAGGUAAUUACCUCUUUGUUCAGAAUUGAAAAAACUUAUAUUUCCACUUGAUUGGUAAGCCAUUAAAUAAGAAUAUCUCAUUGAAAGUAGUAGCAAAGCCCUUCAGAUAUUAGCCUGAAGAUAAAUUUCAGUGAAAAAAAUACAUUUGGAUAUUCAUCAGUGCCCAAACUUUGGUAUAUAGUUGUGAGCCAAACAGGCAGGGUAUAUCUUAUUAGCUAAAUUUGGUCACUGAUAGCUUUAGUAUUUGUCUGCCUUCUCCAUUUCCUCCAAAGUAUAGGAAAUUAGAAUUUUUGUUGUUCAUUGUAUAUUAAAUAUACCUGUAUUUAAAGUUUUCUGUUAGGAUAGGAAGUGUGAUGAUGUGUAUGCAUGUAUGUAUAUAUGGGUAUAUAUAUAUAUAUAUACACACACACACAUAAAUACAUUUUACUCAGCUUUCUGCUUUUUUUUUAAUUUGCCAUGCAGAUUUAAAUAGAGCAGAGACUAUUCAUGCAGAUUAUAAGAAAUGAAAAACAUGUAAGACUUCAUUAAUUGGUGUUUCUGGGCAAUGUAUGCUAUGUGUAUAUGUUUGUGUAUACACAUGUAUUUUUAAAACUUGGUUGAUUUAAAUGUCUUGGUUUUCAAGUAGUCUUAGAUUACUUAUUUUGAUAAUGCAUUGCUAAACAUUGUGGAAACUUAAAAGAAUUGCAUUUUUUUUAAAGAGUGUAGAUGGUGGUUAGGAUGAGUAUACUUCUGAAAUUUUCAUUAGUUUUACUCCCAUGGGGGAAUACCAAGAAAAUGUAUUUGGCCAUUGCUAAAUAUGACAUAUACCAUUUUAUAUUUAUUUGUUGCAAUGUCUUUUGUAAGAAUAAAAAUGAGGAAUUAA